UGACGUCCCAAACAGGGGGGCUAGGGCCUAGGGCUUUUGCCAAAUCUCGAGCCGUCGUCUCCGCGGCGCCUCUUCCCCUGAACUGAACAUCCGAAACCCCGCUCCAAAACCCUAGCCAACCGACGGGGCAGCCGCCCUAGCGCUCCCCCGCCGCCGCCAAGAUGAGCUACGCGGCGUACAAGAUGAUGCACUGGCCGACGGGCAUCGAGCACUGCGCCGCCGGCUUCAUCACCCACUGCCCCUCCGACGCCGCCUCCUUCUCCGCGCCCGCGGAGGGGCCGGCGUCCUCGGGGGCCGAGAGCGACGCCGACUCCUCGGCCGCGGCGAGGCGGCCCCGGCGCCUCGGCCCCACCCCCAACCUCGUCGUGGCGGCCGCCAACGUGCUGGAGGUGUACGCCGUCAGGGCCGAGGCGGCGCCGCCCGCCGAGGACGGGGGCGCCUCUGCCUCCGCGUUCGACGGGAUCCUCGGGGCCCGCCUCGAGCUCGUGUGCCAUUACAGGCUCCAUGGGAACGUCGAGUCGAUGGCCGUGCUGUCGGAUGGGGCGGAGAACAGGCGAGACUCAAUUGCACUUGCUUUCAGAGACGCUAAAAUUACUUGCCUGGAAUUCGAUGACGCCAUCCAUGGACUGCGGACAAGCUCAAUGCAUUGCUUUGAGGGCCCAGAAUGGCAGCAUCUAAAAAGAGGCAGGGAAUCAUUUGCCUGGGGUCCUGUCAUAAAAGCUGACCCGCUAGGCAGAUGUGGCGCUGCACUUAUUUAUGGACUACAGAUAGCCAUUCUGAAAGCCGCCCAGGUUGGACAGAGCUUAGUGGGAGAAGAUGAACCCACGCGUGCACUGAGCUCUAGUGCUGUUCGUGUCGAGUCAUCAUAUCUGAUUGACUUACGAGCUUUAGAUACAAAUCAUGUCAAGGAUUUUACAUUUGUACAUGGUUAUAUCGAGCCUGUAUUGGUCAUAUUACAUGAGCGAGAGCCUACAUGGGCUGGGCGUAUCUCAUCAAAGCACCAUACAUGUAUGAUAUCAGCAUUUAGUAUAAGCAUGACACUGAAGCAACACCCAGUGAUAUGGUCUGCUGCUAACCUACCGCAUGAUGCAUACCAAAUUCUUUCUGUGCCUCCACCUAUUAGCGGUGUUCUUGUCGUCUGUGCAAAUUCUAUCCACUAUCACAGUCAGUCCACUUCUUGUUCCCUUGCCCUCAACAAUUUUUCAUCACAGCCAGAUGGCAGUCCAGAAAUUCCUAAAAUAAAUUUCCAUGUGGAGCUUGAUGCAGCCAAAGCGACAUGGUUAUCCAAUGAUAUUGUAAUGUUCUCGACAAAGACCGGAGAAAUGCUGUUACUUACAGUAGUUUAUGAUGGCAGAACUGUGCGAAGAUUAGAUCUUAUGAAGUCAAAAGCAUCUGUCAUCAGUUCGGGUGCUACGACUAUUGGAAGUUCAUUCUUCUUCCUUGGUAGUCGUUUGGGAGACAGCCUUCUUGUGCAAUUUUCCUGUGGUGUGGCGACAUCUGUCUUACCAGAUCUAAUAGACGAGCGGUCUGGUGAUAUUGAAGGCGACGUGCCUUUUUCGAAGCGCCUGAAGAGGGUGCCUUCUGACGUUUUACAGGAUGUGACCAGUGUUGAGGAACUUUCUUUUCAGAAUAACAUGCUGCCAAACAGUAUAGAGUCAGCACAGAAAAUCUCAUAUGUCGUGAGAGAUAAGUUGAUCAAUGUUGGCCCUCUGAAAGAUUUUUCAUAUGGUUUAAGAGUCAAUGCAGAUGCCAAUGCAACAGGAAAUGCAAAGCAAAGCAAUUAUGAGUUGGUGUGCUGUUCUGGUCAUGGAAAGAAUGGAGCACUUUCUGUCCUACAACAAUCUAUUCGCCCUGAUUUAAUUACAGAGGUGGAAUUACCAAGUUGCAGAGGUAUUUGGACAGUGUACUAUAAGAGUUCCCGUGCACAUACCACUGAAGACGAUGAAUAUCAUGCAUAUCUGAUAAUAAGUCUAGAGAACCGGACCAUGGUACUUGAGACAGGUGAUGAUCUAGGAGAAGUUACUGAAACAGUUGAUUAUUAUGUUCAAGGGGCAACCAUUGCUGCUGGUAACUUGUUCGGAAGGCGGCGUGUCAUACAGGUAUACGCCACGGGUGCUCGUGUGCUUGAUGGUUCUUUCAUGACACAAGAGCUAAACUUUACUGCGCAUUCUUCAGAAUCUUCAUCGUCAAGUUCUGAGCCUCUUGGAGUGGCAUCUGCUUCCAUUGCAGAUCCAUACGUUCUUCUGAAGAUGGUUGAUGGAACUGUUCAACUUCUUGUAGGAGAUCAUUCUACUUGUGCUCUUUCUAUCAGUGUUCCCAGUAUUUUUACAAGCUUAAGUGAAAAAAUAUCUGCGUGUACACUUUAUCGUGACAGAGGUCCUGAACCAUGGCUGAGAAAGACACGUAGUGAUGCAUGGCUAUCUAGUGGUAUUGCAGAACCAAUUGAUGGCAGCGGUAGUUCGUGUCAGGAGCAGUCUGAUAUAUACUGCAUCAUUUGUUAUGAAAGUGGUAAACUAGAAAUCUUUGAAGUGCCUAGUUUCAGAUGUGCUUUCUCUGUGGAAAGUUUCUUCUCUGGUGAGGCUCUUUUGGUUGAUGCAAAAGGAAGACAGGAUGACACUAAAGUUUCUCUGAAGAAAGAAGCAGCGGAUAGCAUUCGGGUAGUUGAGCUUGCAAUGCACAGAUGGUCUGGCCAGUUCAGUCGCCCAUUCCUUUUUGGUUUAUUGAACGAUGGGACAUUUUUGUGCUACCAUGCUUAUUGCUAUGAAGGCUUGGAGAGUAAUGUGAAAGAUAAUUCAUUUUCACCUGCUGGUUCUGUGGAUCUUGCCAGUGCCAGUGAUUCGAGACUAAGAAAUUUGAGAUUUCACCGAAUUUCUGUUGACAUUACAUUACGAGAAGACAUCUCAAGUCUUGCACGACCGAGAAUCACAAUUUUUAACAAUGUUGGAGGUUAUGAAGGAUUGUUUCUUAGUGGCACGAGGCCAGUCUGGGUUAUGGUUUGUCGACAACGAUUUCGGGUGCAUCCACAGUUAUGUGAUGGUCCCAUUGAAGCCUUUACUGUUCUUCACAAUAUAAACUGUUGUCAUGGGCUUAUAUAUGUUACAUCACAGGGUUUUCUGAAGAUAUGUCAACUGCCCGAAGCAUAUAACUAUGACAACUACUGGCCUGUCCAAAAGAUCCCUUUGCAUGGUACGCCUCAUCAGGUUACAUAUUAUGCCGAGCAGUCUCUGUAUCCACUUAUCGUGUCUGUUCCUGUGGUUCGCCCCCUAAAUCAAGUUCUGUCAAUUAUGGCUGAUCAAGAUUUGAUUCAUCACAUGGAUAAUGAUGCUACAAGCGCUGAUGACCUGCAAAAAACGUAUACUGUUGAGGAAUUUGAAGUUCGUGUAUUAGAGUUGGAGAAACCUAGUGGACGUUGGGAGACAAGGUCCACUAUUCCGAUGCAAUCAUUUGAAAAUGCUCUGACUGUGCGCAUUGUUACAUUGCAUAACACAACCACCAAGGAAAAUGAAACCCUGAUGGCCAUUGGGACUGCUUAUGUUCAAGGGGAGGACGUAGCUGCCAGAGGCCGGGUGCUUCUGUUCUCUUUCACUAAAAGUGAAAGUUCUCAAAAUCUGGUAACAGAGGUCUACUCAAAAGAGAGUAAAGGUGCCGUAUCAGCUGUUGCAUCACUUCAAGGUCAUCUGCUGAUAGCUGCUGGUCCAAAGAUCACAUUGAGCAAAUGGACUGGUUCUGAAUUGACUGCUGUUGCAUUCUAUGAUGCUCCUUUGCAUGUUGUGAGCUUGAACAUUGUCAAAAAUUUCGUUUUGUUUGGUGAUAUCCAUAAAAGCGUAUAUUUUCUUAGCUGGAAGGAGCAAGGUUCUCAAUUGACUCUCCUUGCAAAAGAUUUUGGAUCUCUAGAUUGCUUUGCAACCGAGUUCUUAAUUGAUGGAAGUACACUGAACCUUGCAGUUUCCGACUCUGAUAAGAAUGUGCAGAUCUUCUACUACGCUCCCAAAAUGGUGGAGAGCUGGAAAGGGCAGAAGCUCCUUUCCAGAGCAGAGUUUCAUGUUGGAGCCCAUCUGACCAAGUUUAUGAGGCUGCAGAUGCUUCCCACUCCAGGAUUAGCAUCUGAGAAGACGAAUCGUUUUGCCCUUCUUUUUGGUACUUUGGAUGGUGGUAUUGGAUGCAUUGCGCCUAUUGAUGAGUUGACAUUCCGCCGGCUUCAGAGCUUACAGAGGAAGCUUGUAGAUGCCGUCCCUCACGUCUGUGGCCUGAACCCAAGAUCAUUCAGGCAGUUCAAAUCCAACGGGAAGGCACAUCGUCCUGGGCCAGAUAACAUCAUUGACUUUGAGCUCCUUGCACACUAUGAGAUGUUAUCGUUAGAAGAGCAGCUGGAUAUUGCGCAGCAGAUUGGGACUACCCGCGCUCAGAUCAUUUCCAACUUGAGUGAUAUUUCGCUGGGCACAAGUUUCCUGUGAAUUGAAGUUUGAGCGAUCAUUUUGGAUCCAAGACCUUGAUACAGAUGGAAGAGCUAGCGGCACACGGCGAUUCUGCCGCUCAGCGACUCUUCGUAACUCCGGUGACCUAGACCCCCAGGCGCCAGGCCUUCUUGUAAACAUGACAUCUGUAUGAUAGGAUUAAAUGGUGUAACCUCUGCUGGCCAGUUUGAUCUUUCUCGGCAAAUUAUAGCCACCGUGAUGCGUACAUAUUGGUUAACAUUUGGAAGCGCACUGUAAAUGGCCAUGGUGGUUGAUUUUGGUCUAAUUGUUGGGCGUCUUGCAUGUUCCUUCCUAGCUGCCUCCUUUAUAGCGACUCUUUUUUUGUAUGAUAAUACCUUUGUGACUUGUGAUACAAUUUUCUUUGUCA